AUAGUUUUAGUUUCAAUAGUUUGAAAUAAGUACAAAAUGUUAACAUCAAUAUUUAUUAUAUUUUUAUUUAAAUUAUCCACAAGUGAACAAAAUCGUUUAUUCUCGAAUGAUCAUUUCGGAAUAUUAACAGAAAAUUUUAUCGAAAAUUUACGAGCGGAUCCAUUUUUAAUUGGUGAUUGUUUUUGUUUCCCUCCACUACAUAAAAUCAGUUUUCACUUCAUUGAGUUAAUCCAAGAAAAUCUGCAGAUGGAGCUGGAGUCGUUUGAUUGUAAGAUUGGAAGCGGCGUUUGUGUAUCUAAACUAUCCGAAAUACCUAAAACUGCUAAAGAAUUCAUUAAUAACCACACCGAACAAUACAGUGAACUCAUACUAACUUCUCAGCAAAAGGAGUAUUCUAGAUCAAAGAGAAGUUUUUUACGUGGUUCAGAGAGUAAUGCAUCCGAUAAUAUUGCAGUUAUAUCAUUAUACCCUAUAUCGUUUACGACCCCAUCAAACGAUAUUAGCAUUUUCAAGCAAAAUUCAUCAGUGUAUCUGGUUAUAUUGCAAACAACAUCUCAAAAUGGUUCGAAUUUGAUGAUGAUUAUGAAAAAACAGGAGAAAUCUUUCAAAAUUGUAGUGCAAAAGAAAAUUGAGGAUGGUGUUAGAAUGACUACGUUUUCUUUUGUAAAUACGACACUCAUCGUUGUCGCUCAAAACAAUAACAUUACGAAGAUUUUUGAAUUCAACAGUGAAGAAAAAAUAGAAACUUUAGAAACAAUACAAAAGGAUGGUUGUAAAGAUAUUGCCAUAUGGGAGGACAACGGGAACGUAUUUAUGUCGCUUGUCGGAUUUAUGGGAAAUUCACCAGUUCCUAGUUCUUAUUUUCCACGAUUGUACAAAUGGCGUGGAAGGCAUUUUGAUGACCUGCAGGACGUCCAUCCGGGGGCCACCAGGAUAUCGCCUUUUAUGAUUGGAGAUUCGGGAUUUGUCGCUGUCGCCUAUAAUGUAUCUUAUAAUGGUGAUGAAAAUGAGAACGUCUACUCGGAGAUAUUGAAAUACAACGUGAACACUGAGAAGUACGAGCUAUUUCAAAAGAUAUUGACAUACGCCUGCGACGAUAUCAAAUACUUCGAGAUUGAUACCGUCGAAGGAACGAGGGAAAACGAGAAGGAUAGAUUCCUCGUCGUUGCAAAUUCGUACAAAAAAGAUUCUACUGGGAAGAGUAAUAGAAGAGAACCUUCAAUCAUCAUUUAUAAGUUUGUGGAUAAUUAUUUCUAUCCGUUUCAAUCUAUUACUUCGGAUGGAGUUUUUCAAUGGGAAAUUAUAAAGAAUCGAAACGGUGAUGUACUUCUAAUAGCACUAACUUUGAAAGGUCUAAAAACUUUUGAAUAUGAUGGGUGGAAUUUCAUAGAAACAACGAUUGAAUUUCAAGGUAGACAACUGAAGAACAUGUCGGAUGUUAGGAGGAUACGCACUUUUAUAAUUGAGGAUAAGCAACUAUUAGUUCUUGCAAGGACCAGUUCAAAUGAAAGCCUAUUCCAAGUUAAUUAUUCAAAAAAAGACAAACUGAAAGAGCUUCAUGACCAGCUUUUAACAUGGUGUCAAGAAAAAAAGCAGGAUAUGACAAAAAGAAUUGAAAUUUUGCAAAAAAUGAGUAAAAUUAGAAAAAGGGAACUUCAGUUUGACUCCCAGAAGCAAAACUUGGAAACUUUAAUCUCGACUAUAAGCUCAUACAACUCCAAACUAUCCACUAUACAAAACAGUUUAAAAACUCGACUUAACCGAACCAAUAUUAUUGAAAGGAAUCUCAACGCUACACUAUUGUUGCUAAAUUCGACCGGAACGUUCGAAUCACUUUUUUCGAAUACAAUAAAUGGUAUUGAAAUACCAAAUUUCUUGGAAAACAAGAUAAAUAUAAACCGUGAAAUAGUAAUUGACGCUGAAAUUGAAGCAGAUUCUAUACAAACGAAAUCAUCUUUGAUAUUUAAUAACUUCAAUAAUCACUCAAGGAAACAUUUUAUCUAUACAACAUCUUCAUAUGAGUUAGAAGAUGUGGACAUACAUGGAGAUGCGAUUUUCAAAGACACAGUUACUAUAAGAAAUAAUCUGAAUAAUAUUAACAUAUCAAAAGAAACAAUUUUACUUAAAAAUGGUGAUCAAAAUUUGGAAAAUUUGAGAGCAAAUCGGAUCGAUGUAACCAGACUUAAUACUGCAGCUAUUAAUGAUAAAAUAGUUGAAGAAGUUAUAGGCCAUGCGAGAGAAGCCGCUUCGGAAAUCUCGAACGUUCCAGAAAAAUCGAAUGACAAUACCCUUAAGGAAAAAGUGGAAAGGAUUGAAAAAUUGAAAGUGAAAAAUUUAAAAGUAGACGGUUUUAUCAAUGAUGUAGAUAUACCGAUAUUAGAAAAAUACGUUUUGAGAAAAUCCGGAAAACAGAAUAUUAACCAGACGUAUUACAUCGAUAACGUCGAAACCAACUGGGUGGAAACUGAUAGAAUGUCAGGAAAAAAGAUUCCAGAAGAUUUGAUCGCAAUCGAUAAUAGUAGCAUAAGUAUUGCGGGUGAGGUAAAAUUUGAGAAACCUAUUUCAACAGUAAACCUUCAAGUAAAAAAACGUUUAAACAACAUUCCCGUAAGGAAGGGAGGAAAUCUCGAUAUAUUAUUCAAAAAUUCUUCUAAAAAUCAACAAGUAACGGGUUUAAAAACUUUCGAUUAUCUGACUCUACUACAUCCAAUCGAUAUACGGAAAAAAAUAAAAAGCACAUUUUUUGACAAUACUGACCCUAUGAAAAUAAUAUCCUCAAAUUUAACAUUGAAUAGAAAAAUUACUAUAUCAGGAAAUGUUUCGGUAGAAAAUAUAUUGAAAGUAAUGGACAUUAUACCUCAGAAAAGUCAAGAUUUUCUAAACAAUACUCCGGUAUCAAAUAGUAAUAAUACCCAACAGAUGGUUACAUUAGAUCAUCUUUCGAUGGCCAAAGUAGUGCAAAAAGGUGUUAAGCUAGAUGAAAUAAAUAUAACUAUUCCUUUGAAGUUUAUUAGGGAUAUAAACACAAAGAAGGUUUAUACGAAAUCGGUCAACGGUCUUGAUCCUUCUAAAUUUGUGAUCAUGAAUUUGGACCAUCCUGUAGAUAUAACUGGUGCGAAGAUAUUCACAGGAAAUUUGAAGAUACUUGGUGACAUUGAUAUAAAGCAAAUAAAUGGAAUCGAUGUAUCCAAUUUGGAAAGCACAGAUUUACAAAAUUUUACCGAUCAAGUUUUAGAAGGAGAUUAUCAUAUAAAACAUGUGAAAAUUAGAGGGAGUCUGAAAAGUAACUCUACCAGUUUAGGAAAACAUCCAUGGAGAGACGUGGUAACUGUGGAUACAAAUCAAACGUUGAAAGGUGUUUGGACAUUGUCACAUCUUAUUGCCAAUACAACAACAGUUGAGCAUUUCAACAUAAAAGGAUUGAUAAACGGUAUAAAUUUGACCGAAUUUCUGAAGGAUGCUGUGCCGAAAGACACAGAAUCAAAAAUAUUUGGAACGAAAUAUUUCGAAACAUUGAAUGUUACCAAUUUAUGGAUUAACAAUAAAUUCGAUUUAGAUAAGCGUGUAAAAGAUAUCGUAGAUGGAAAAAUAAUUUUUCCAACUAUUGAGAAACUUGAUUCAAUUUCGGCUGAGAACGUGUACUUCGGAAACAAAUGCAACGGAAUAGAGAAGAGUAAAUUUGAGAAACCCGGUAUAUCGGUCAUUAACGGAACCUUAAUAGUAGACGACUUGAAUAAAUUUGAUAAAAUUAUUGUAAUGGGAACUGUAUAUGUAGAAAGUAAUAAAUUAAACCAUGUAGAUAUGGAUGAUUUGGAAUUUAAUACUGCUAAAAUUGAUGAACCAACAUAUUUUGAAAAUGCUGAUUUUGGUAAAUCUUUAACUGUAACACCUGUAAUAACACACCACGGUCAAAUUGAAAAUUUAGAUUUGGAUAACGUAUUUGAAAAUAAUAAAAACAAAAGUCAAACAAUUAUGAACCAAAUUAUUUUCAAAGGAGAUGUUUUCGUGAAUGGAACUAUGAAUAUUGGUGAAUAUCUCAAUGGGGUAAACAUUUCAGACUUGUGCGGGGUACUAUCUGAAUUCAAAAGACCUAAAAAACUAAUUAUUGAAGGAAACGUUCACUUCACAAAAGGACCACGAAUAAAGAUAUUUAAUGGACUCAAUGCAUCAUAUCUGGAAAAUAAGAUUUGGUUUACCGAUUAUCCUGCGUCUUUAUCUGGAAACAUUGCUUUCAAUAAUAAUGUCGUAUUGAGAGAUGUUUUAACAGUAGAAGGUCUUUUGAAUGACGUGAACUUGGAUUAUCUGUCUAAUAACUAUCUGAGUAAAAGUAAAGAUCAGAAAAUCGUUGCACAUAUUGAACUGCUGAACGAAACUAUAUUCAAAGAAGAGGUUGUUUCCCCGAUGGUUGCCGUAGGUGGUCUAGUGAAUGGUAUUAAUUUAGACAAGUUUUUGAAAAAUACCCUCCUACAUAGAUCACAGUUGUUUGAGAAUAUGCCUUAUUUUGAAGAAAUAUCAGUAAAACACUUGGAGGGGAAUUAUCUUGUGAACAAAUUGAAUCUAGAUUCAGAGGUGAUGAGAUACGACAGGCCGAAUUUGAUUACCGGCACCAAGACGUUCGAAAACCUUAAUGUAGACGUUCUACGUCCAGAAGGGGAAGCAGCUCUGACCGCAAAAAUACAGGGAGUUGAUGUACUACAUUAUCUUCAGAAUGCUGUGUUGAACAAAGGCAGUUUUAAAAUAGGGGGAAACAAGAAAUUCAAAAAUAUCGAAGUUAGAGAAGGAACAAGUCUCAUGGGUCAUUUUAAUGGUAUUAAAUUUGAUACUGUCACCACUAUGAUGAGAAAUAACCACCAAAACAUCACUGGGAAAAAGACUUUUGUUCCAAAUUCUCCAAGCGGAGUUCGAUUCAAAAAUCUUAAAGUAAAAGGACUUGUUAAUGGUGUGAAUUUGGAAAAAGUGCUGAAAAACUUGGCCUACAAAAAUGAAGACAAUACGUUUACCACAGAUUUACAAUUUUGUAAUAAUAUUUCCACGAAGCAUGUGGAAUUCAAAACAAAAGUUUCCGGUAUAAACGUAUCCAAAUUGCUGUACGAUAUAGAAACACUAGGGACCUUACACAACAUCAAAGAAAAAUACGAAGCUCUGAAUGAUAUGGCCAGCCAAGUAGAAUCAUCAUUGAAAGGUCAAGCUUAUUUUCUGGAUUACUAUAAAUCAGUUUUCAUGACAUUCAAAGUUAAUGAGCUAUUUUUAAUGAAAUGUUUUGGUUCUGGUAGAAGUAUUGUUAGUUUCACGAAUGAAUCGAACACGAAUAUUGCAAGAUUCUUAGAAUGGGAUGAAAAACAAGAAACGUUUGGUAAAAUCAGUUCUAAGAAAAUCAUAGGCUCUUAUCCUAACUAUAUAACAAAAAUUCCAAUGGGAAAUAUGGAUCGUGUCUACAUAGAACAUCCGAAUAGUUCAACUGAAGACAGUACCCAUAUUGGAAGAUUUAUGGUUUGCAACAAGAACAAAUUGGAGUUUUUGCCAGUGCCAUUUUUAACGAAAGGAUCACAUUUUUUGACAUCUUUCGAAAUAAAAUCACAAAAUACUUGGUGUCUGUUAUUUGUAGAUUUCAAUUUUGAUAUUAAUAUUAUCUGUGGUGGAGAGAAUGGAAUAUUCAAGCAACAACAAACGAUUAAAAACAAGUCUCCUAUAAUGGCUUACAUCACCACAAUACGAAAUAUUCCAAUGCUGAUAACUAUUCACGGAGGUAAUGACAAGAAAACUGUCAUUUGGAUUUUAAACAAAGGAAAAUUCGAAAUUUCUCAAACAUAUCGAGAAGGAGAAGCAAUAGAUGUAUCUGCAAUUGCUAUGGAAAACGAAACGUUCUUGGCUAUCGCUUAUAAACAUGUGCCUAACACCAAGUAUUUUGGAAGAGUAGUCAUUAGAAGAAUCAAGAAUUUGUCUAAAUCAUUACAAAUAUUCCAAACAAUUGACAUUUCAACUCCAACCAAGGUUGAAUUGGCUUUACUUCCUUCAAAAGAAAUCGCUCUAUAUAUUAUCACUGAAAAUCCAUCAGAACCUUUGACAUCAUAUAUUUACAAAGGAGUACAAGGUUUUUUGAAGAAAAUUGAACGACCAACUCUUCCAAAAGUUUCAGAUUUGAACAGUUUUUCUUUUGAUAAUCACCAUUUUGUUGUAUUGAAGAAUGAUAAAGAAGUGAAGGUGUUACAAGCAGUAUUUAAAGGAUUUAAAUUUGAUUAUUUGUGAGUUUGUUCUUGCAAUUUUAAACUAAUAUUUUGUACAUGAAAAAAUAAAAAAAUAAUUUUGUUAUUGUUAUUAUAUAUUUAGUUGUUAAAUGUUAUUUAAUUGUUAUAAUUGUCAUAGCAUAUUUGUCCAUUAAAUAUCAAUUUUUUUAAUAUAAAGAUUUUUUUUAA